AUGUCUGGUUUCACAAUGCAGCUGGUAAUACGACGUCUCACGAUGGCGUUUGCUUUGUGUGGUGGAGUGUGUGCCGACCUGCAGCUCAUGAAUAGGUCGUCGCACGAUUACGUCGUGCAGCCACGCGCGGGCUGCCGAACCGCAGUCGCAGGCGACCACUGCUACGACAAAGUGUCGUGGGCGAUGCUGACGGGCGUCCAGAAAUACCCGGAUUGGUUUUCCCCCCUGACCAGCCGAUCCAGUUUCGAGGAUUUCCAGCGGCAUUUGCACGCCAUGCCUAAGUUCUCCAACGUGUGCCCUGAGCCUUGUGCAGCGCGGGCGGUGGAGACUCCAGCAGUGCAAGCACAGUUGCCAGCAUCGGCCAGCUGCCAGGCCCCGAUCGAGGGGGACGAGUGUCACAAGAGAGUGGUGUGGGCGAUGGAGAAGGGCGUCGUAAAGUAUCCUGCCCAAUUUGCCCCCCUGACCAGCAGCUCCAGUUUCGAUGAUUUCCAGCGGCACUUGCACGCCAUGCCUAAGUUCUCCAACGUGUGCCCUGAGCCUUGUGCAGCGCGGGCGGUGGAGACUCCAGCAGUGCAAGCACAGCUGCCAGCAUCGGCCAGCUGCCAGGCCCCGAUCGAGGGGGACGAGUGUCACAAGAGAGUGGUGUGGGCGAUGGAGAAGGGCGCCGUAAAGUAUCCUGCCCAAUUUGCCCCCCUGACCAGCAGCUCCAGUUUCGAGGAUUUCCAGCGGCACCUGCACGCCAUGCCUAAGUUCUCCAACGUGUGCCCUGAGCCUUGUGCAGCGCGGGCGGUGGAGAUUGUAGUACCAGCACCGUUGCCUCAAGUGUGUCACACGUCGGUCGACGGCGAAGCAUGUUACAGGAAAGUCAUGUGGGCCAUGGAGUCGGGCGUCGCAAAGUAUCCAGAUUGUUUUUUCCCCCUGACCAACACUUCUAAGUUUGAGGAUGUUCAGCGGCAUUUGCACGGCAUACCUAAGUUCUCUAUCGUGUGUCCUGAGCCGUGUGCAGCGCGGGCAGUGGAGGUCCGAGAGCCAAUACAGGUGCCAGCGCGGGAUUCAGCAAAGCCAACAGAGCGUGCCGUGAGGACACGAAUGGAGGGAUCUAAUCAAACAGGUGACCCAUGGAUCGUGAACGGUUACGAUCAAACGGGCAGCAAUUGCGAGUGUGGAAACAUAAUACAAUCGCUCCCCACAGGCUACGAGACUCCGUUACUAUGCGCGUCCGCGUGCAACAUGUACCCUCGUUGCAUGUCGAUUGGUGUUCACGAAGAUACCAUCUGGCCUGGCCAUUGUGAUCUUUUCGACGCGCCUUGCAACGACACGGACGGUCACGACGAAGCUGGCACCACUUGCGCCAAGCCCGUCCAUGAACAAGGCAUCAGCCUUAACUUCAACAGGGUGCAGACCGAUUCACCCACGCCUUCACCAACACCUGCACCAGAUGCGUGCGAAAUCGCGAAUGGAACUGGGCCGAGUGUUUCCUACCCAUGUGCAUGUGGACCUGUUGUUUGUGGAACGAGCGAAAUUUGUUCCAACGCGACAUGCUCCCCACCAUCGUAUCUCCACGUGGACUGGCCAUGCUCGUGGCCAUCGAUCGGCGACCCGAACUUCAUCAUCUCAGGAACCAGUGCGGGGGGGGCGCCGAUCUACGUCAAUUUCCACGGCUCCUACAUCUAUUUUGACGAAUCGUGUGACGGAGAAGUUCGUGAGGGAGACAGCCGAGUACCCAGAUGGAUCAUCGACGACAGCGCGCCGAGCGUAUCAGCUGUCAUGGACCUGGACUCGGACAGGUCUUGCUCUUAUUAUGGGCACUACGAAUCUGACGACUCCCAUGGUCUCCCCUUGGGGAGCUCAACUUGGGUGACAUUCUGCGAGGGCGUUCUGCAGGCUGUUACUGCAGAGAUCACGUACCUGCACGAGGAGCCGAAUGUGACGGCGACCCCAGCCCCGACGCUGCCUCCCGGGACCGCGUGUCCUUGCGAUCAGAAGUGCGCUGGCUUCCCUUAUGUGGACACCGAUGGCGAUGGCUGCCUCAGCGAACCGGAGUGCAAAUAUUUACCGCCGGUCAUCGGGAACUUCGGCGAGCUCGACCUCGACGGGGAUGGUUGCGUGACCUUGAACGAGUGUGUAGAAUCCCCCUUGGGUGAGUUCUUGCCCAUGUUCCCUAUUUCUGCCCCGAACCACUGCGACUUCGGCCAUUAUUUUACUCCAGGCACGAGCCUGUGCGUCGUAUGCACCAAUGGGGAAACACGGCGUCGUCGUUCCGAGGCGUGCACCAAAUGCCCUCCCGGCAGGGACGACUUCGGUGAUUUCGACACGUGUAUCGGAGGGGCGUAUCUUAAGGAGCCUCUGUACCCAGGGAACUGCACGGCCUGUGUCAACUCAGACACCGAUGAGAACGGGCAAACGUUGACGAGAGGCGACUCAGUAGUAAUAUCGACGCGAAACCCCGAUCCAGGCCACUACGAGAUAGUGACCAUCAUUGGCAAAAUUACCGUAGAUAACCAGACGUGCUUCCAUGUUGAGCCUUGUGUCAACGACUCGUACGACCCGUACGACUCGUUGAUCUCUGACUGUACUGAACACGACGGACGUAGCACUUCCUCGACCUACCCAUGUGGAUGUGGCGUUGACGAGUGCGCCGAGGGGGAAGUGUGCGACCUCGAUGGCAACGCAGGACGAGGAAUCUGCAUUCCACCCUCGUGGACUGUUCCCACCCCGGCUCCGACGGUGUCGGCCAGGGGUGAUCCGCACCUCGUCAAUUUGCAUGGAGAGCAUUUCGACGUGAACCACGGGGGCGAUUUCACUCUGCUGCGGAUCCCCCAGGCCCAAAGCGAACCUCCGAUGGUGAAGCUGAAGGCCUCCGUCCGCCCCGAGCACGGCAGGCCGUGCACCACGUACAUCACGGAGGUGGAGGUCUCGGGCAGCCUGCUCGGCGGCAGGACCCUGCAGGUGCGAUCCUACCUCAGGGCGCACGCCGAGAACGAGACCGACAAGUUCCUGGGCGUUCGGGUGAUCGAACGCCGGGCGCGGCCAUCGAGACCCCGUGGGAGAGGCUCGCGCAGGUGGUCGACAGCAGCUUCUUCGUCACGGAACCUCAGCCUGCGAGCGGCUUCAGGGUGACGAUGUCCACGACGAAGUGGUAUAGUAAUAAGGACGGGUCAACAAAACGAUUGCCGAGACCGCUACGCUCCAGGCCCGUCCCAGGGUGCCAUCUGACCAGGGCUCCGAGGCGAACUCGGCCGUGGUGACGGGCAAAACAGGCGAGAACGAAG